UGGGCGACCAUUUUGGCCACAUCACUAGUGUGUUGGAAAACGGAAAAAAAUAUCACGAUGUCGGCGAACAUUUUCACCGUUUUAGCAAAAUUCCACGAUGAAUAUCAGAAAAACACACCACAGAGGUUGAAGAUAGUGGAUGCCUAUCUUUCGUACAUCGUGUUAACUGGCGUAUUUCAGUUCUUCUAUUGUGCUCUCGUCGGCACCUUUCCAUUCAACUCGUUCUUAUCAGGCUUCAUUUCUUGUGUGGGCUCAUUUGUUUUAGCAGUAUGUUUGAGAGUACAAGUGAAUCCAGCCAACAAGUCGCAGUUUUAUAACAUCUCACCAGAACGUGCCUUCAGUGAUUUUAUUUUUGCCAGUGUGAUACUUCAUCUGGUGGUUAUGAACUUUAUUGGUUGAAGGGUGAUAACAGCGAGAGAUGAAAAUGGACUAUUAAAGUUAACUGAUGCAGAUAAACAGAAAAGAAAGAAAAACUCAACACACUUGUUUUUAAAUAUAUCUCAAUUCAGAAAUGUAUUUGAAAUUUUAUAAUACAGAAUGUUGCACAAAUAAAAUAAAUUGAAAUAACGCCAUUAAA